AGUUGUCAUCAGGCGGUGGUCAGGUAUUUAUCAGGGAAUGGUCAGCGACGCUUCAGGUGCUGAUUUGGCCUGAGUGCCUGAGUGCCUUCUCAGAACUGAUCAGGCUCUCAGCAGCAAAGGGCAAAAGGACUACUGGUCUUCUUCCUUUCUCUGUUUUCUCUUGUACUGAUUCACAUUCUACAGUGCCUUAUGAUAUGAUCUUGCGUUGCUUUCAUGAGGAGGAAUCGAACACAUGGAUAUAACUACUGAACCAUUACAUUAUGUGGGCGCAUGAGACUGUCCAUGCUCCAGUGACCACAAUGACCCGGUGCUCCACUUGCACCUUGCAGCAUACCAGCAUUCUUCUACAUGGGACUGUGAAGUUCCA